UGGACCGCGCGGGCCGCACGGGCGGGUAAAAGGCCGUCGCGCCGGGGCUGUGGACGAGAGGGAGAGGAGGUCGCCCGAGCGCCACAAGAGUAUGACGGGGCUGUACGAACUGGUGUGGCGGGUGCUGCAUGCGCUGCUCUGCCUGCACCGCACGCUCACCUCCUGGCUCCGCGUUCGGUUCGGCACCUGGAACUGGAUCUGGCGGCGCUGCUGUCGUGCCGCCUCCGCUGCGGUCCUAGCGCCGCUCGGCUUCACGCUCCGCAAGCCCCCGGCUGUCGGCAGGAACCGCCGUCACCACCGGCACCCGCGCGGGGGGCCGGGCUCGGUCGCCGCCCACCCCCGGGUUCGCUGGCGCGCGGACGGCCGUUCCCUAGCGAAGCUACCUGUGCACAUGGGCCUGGUGAUCACGGAGGAGGAGCAGGAGCCCAGCUUCUCGGACAUCGCCAGCCUCGUGGUGUGGUGUAUGGCCGUGGGCAUCUCCUAUAUUAGCGUCUACGACCAUCAAGGAAUUUUCAAAAGAAAUAAUUCCAGAUUGAUGGAUGAAAUUUUAAAACAGCAGCAGGAGCUUCUUGGCCUAGAUUGUUCCAAAUACUCACCAGAGUUUGCAAAUAGUAAUGAUGAUCAAGUUUUAAAUUGCCAUUUGGCAGUGAAGGUGCUGUCCCCAGAAGAUGGAAAAGCAGAUAUUGUGAGAGCUGCUCAGGACUUUUGCCAGUUAGUAGCCCAGCAGCAAAAGAGAUCCACAGAAUUGGAUGUAGAUAUGUUAAACAGUUUACUUAGUUCACAUGGCAUCCCUGAUCCUGAUUUAGUAUUGAAGUUUGGUCCUGUGGACAGCACAUUAGGCUUUCUUCCCUGGCACAUCAGAUUGACUGAGAUUGUCUCUUUGCCUUCCUACCUAAACAUCAGUUAUGAGGACUUUUUCUCUGCCCUUCGUCAAUAUGCAGCCUGUGAACAGCGUGUGGGAAAGUAGUGAUCCCUGCUUGGAUAAUUUGAUUUCAGGCUUUUGGAGAAAAGGACCCAAGUGACUCUGAUGUUUACAAAGCACCUAUGAACCCUGUACACACCUAGUUCAUAUUCUCAUAAUUUAUCAACAAAUACAAAAAAGUGUCUUACUUGAGGGUGAAUGUGAGUGUGUGUGUGUGCACAUGUUGUAUGUAUGGAAAUAAACUUAUAAAUGGGGGAAGUAUUGGAGAAGGAAAUACAGAGACCUGCAACUUUGAGCAAAUAGCAGCCAUGUUUUAGGAGCUGAGAUUUAAGACUUAAAGUCUUCAGCCCCAACUACUUCCCUGUUUUUGUGGGGAGAAGAGGGGGUGAUUAGAGCUGUUUUGGUGGUUGUUUGCAUGGAGGGGAAUCAUUUUUGUUCAUUCUUUCCUAGUGACCAAACUUUACUUUUUAAGAAUAGUAUGUUAUUAAAUGGAAGCAUUCUGAGUUUGACGGAGCUUGGGAGUUCUGUGUUGCUCGUGUGUUAAAAGCUUGCUCACCUUCAGAGCAGAGGGAAUACCUAUUUUCAAAUAUCCGUCCAUUUUCAUCUCUUUAUUGUAGUCAAACAGUGUGACUUGAGAGUGUUGCUCUUGUGUCUGUAUUCUGGGUUAUAAGGAUCAUUUGAAAAAGAACUCUUACUACAUUGAAAUGAAGAAUUUAAAAAAUUUGAAUAUUGAAUUAGGCAGUCAAAAAAACAAAAAAAGAUAAAUAAGUUGUAAUCUUAAAAGUAAAGGCAGAAAAUUUCCUAAAAAAGGAAAGAAAGUUUUGAUUUCCUUUUUGUUUGGUGAGCCGUAUGUUAUAUAGUAUCCAAAGGUGGUUUAAAAAAUAUUUUCAUUAACGAUUUUUAUUUAAGAUAAACAUUUGAGGAAAGUUACCAGGGCAGCUCUUUUCCUCAAAAAUAACCUGUUCCUCUUUGGAAUAGCACAUUUAGGGCCAUGUUAAUAAUCAGGAUUUUUACUCAAGGAAUCCUGAUGGUGACCUUGCAUAAAAGGUCUUUAAGUAGGACUGAGACCUGUGUAGGGAAUAAAGUAUUACCAAAGUCUACAAAAAUAUUUAAAAUUAGCUUUUCAUGUUCCAUUUUAUGACUGAGAAUAGCACUGGUUCUGUUAUUUUUUUUAAUGAAUAAUGAUUUCUUCAUAGGUGUUUAGUAUUCCCUCGUUGCUGAUCCUUGGACAGAAACUAUUCUUUAUAUUUGAUGGACUGUUUUCAGAAAACUCUUAUCAACAAGUGUACAAUAGUUAUCUAAAAUUGUACAUUUAGAAUGGAGUAGUUUAAAUACUAGAUCUCAGAAGUCUGAAAAAUAGUAAAGAAUACUAGAUUUGGAAAGCAUGGUCUGGAAUUGCUUGUCAAAUUCUGAAGCUAUGAAGAAUAAGUGUUUUGACUUUGGAUUAUAAAACCCCAUUUAUGGUUUUUAAAAUAUACUUGAAAUAAAAAUGAUUAAACUAAAUUUUGGUCCAGUGACAUUACUUUGCACAUCAUAGUCCUUUGUACAUUAUAAGACUUUUUAAGUCUUAAUUUAUUACAAAAAGUUUUGUGUGAAGCUAUCUAAACUUUAUCAGAGAAUUUCUGAUUUCUGUUUCCCUGUACUGUGAUCCGUGUCCUAUUGAGGCUUUUUCUUGCCUUAGUUUAAGACUGAAUUUAUGCCUUUUAUAAACAUGAUAAAUGUUAAUCUUUUAUAAACAUUCUAGAGCAUAUAUAUAGCUUUAAUGAAUUAGAUCUAAUGGGCCCAAUUGAAGUGAAGGGAUUUAAUAUUUGAUAAAAUGAAGUUAGUCAAAUAAAUUACCCAUUGGGAUAUAUAGCCCAAGUCACUAAAGGUUUAAUAAAUUUGAGUUUUUGUACUUUUAUUUUCUCCUUCUAUUUUAUAACAGUGUACACAUCAAAGUAAAUCUAGAGUCUGUGACUGAGUCUGUUGAAGUGCUAAGAAGAGAUUUACACAAGUUACUAAGUAUUGUGAAUUCAGAUAUAGGCAUUCCAGAACCUUCUCUACAUGAGCUCAAUUGCUAGUACAAUCUCCACAACUUGAAUGGCAUUGGUCAUUCUAUAAUUCCUGCCUAAAUCACCACAAAUUAUGCAUCACCAGAGCUCCCUUUGCACUCCCAAGAAGAACUGAUAAUUUUAAAGGAAAGUGUGUGUCUUUAUGUGUAUUGAAGGAUAUUGUCUUUAAAGUUUUUCUUCUUGACACUCCUCACAAUGGAAAAAUUACCAUAUUAAGCCUACUUUAUGAUGGCAGCUUGGAACAUAGGAAGAAGUCGGAGGGUUUGAAUUCUAUUCCCUAUUCUUGUGUUUUGUUUAAGACUAAUUGAUUACUGUUAUAAGGUUUAAAUGCUGGUUUUAAUGUGAAUAGCAAAUUUUGGUAUGUUGCUACUAAGGCUUAAGAAUACCUGAGAGGAAGGUGUUAUAAUAUUAAUGAAGAGUGCCAAAUACACUGUGCAGAUCUACAGUUUAAUCUUUGAAUGUAUAUUACUUGAUUAGCUCCCUCCUGUGUGAUGGUACCAUGCAUGGAGUCAAAUCCUUGUGAUGUUUUGUAUGGCUGUAGACUUUGGCAACAUGUAAAUAAUGUGUAAAUCAAGUUUUUAUUAUUAAGGAAUCAAAUUUAUUGAAUUUUAUU